AUGAAUCCCGAAUCUAGCCCCGAGAUCAUUCAAUGGCUCGUCGACACCCGGAAACUAUGGCCAGAAGUGGCUGAAACGAAGCAGCUAGAGACAUUUCCAAGCUCAUCCCGCGCUCUUUCCGUGCUGCCGGAAGCAGAGCGCGCCGCCGUGUUGAAAUAUGUCUUUGCCCGUGACGCCAAGAUGUCACUGGCAUCGAACCUGCUGAAGCACUACGUCGUUUCGUCGAAGGGCCAUGUUCCAUGGAAGGAGACGACAAUUACGCGGAACGCGCGCACUAAGCCCGUCUACGUCGAUCCAAGCACCGGCAGGCAGCCCGUCGCCUUCAACGUCACGCACCAGGCUGGCAUUGUUGCCUUGGUCGCCGUGGCCGGUGAUGCCAGCGGCGGGGGCGACGCCGGAGCCAUCGACGUUGGCAUCGACGUCGUCUGCACCAGCGAGAGGCGGACCCGGGACCAUUCCAUGAUUGCGCAGAGCGGAGAUGGAUGGUUGCGGUUCGUGGACAUGCACGCCGACGUCUUCGCGCCGGCCGAGGCGAAUUACUUGAAGUUUGUGGUGCCGGGCCAAGCGGCCCGGCUGCUCAGCGCGACGCCUGGGGAGCUGACGGACUACAAUCUGCGCUCCUUCUACACGCUGUGGUGCCUGCGCGAGGCGUACGUCAAGAUGACGGGGGACGCCCUGCUCGCCAGUUGGCUGCCCGAGCUGGAGUUUAGGAACUUCAAGCCGCCGCCCAUUCCGAGUGGUGAUGGGCGCGCGGCGGGGAAUAUAGAGGGCGACGACGAAUGUGUCGUGAAGGAUCAUGAAAUUUGGUUUCAGGGCACACUGGUUGACGAUGCUAAUGUGUGCAUGCGAUCAUUGGGCCCGGAUUACAUGGUCUGCACAGCGGUGCGGACGCCAGCAGAGAAGGAGAAGGGGUUGAGUUGGGAUAUGGGUCCAUUCAAAAUCAUUACGAUUGAUGAAAUUGUCAAGUUUGCAGAGGACUCACAUAAACGAUCAAAAUCUAAGUCGUCCGCUGCUCUUUCGAUACUUCGUCGAAAAGAUCGGAAAAGCGGCGACGAGGACGACGGCAUCUCCGACGACGGCUCCUCCCUGGGCCAAACCCAACACUCGCGAAAUUCGACCAGUCUCGCGCCACCUCUGACCUCCAGUCUCUCGCAAACAUCUACAACAAUGUCGCAGCAACAAUCCACCGCUGCCCACUCCUCCAGGACGCAUGCCAGAGUCCCCUCGGCCAGUAUUCCAUCCUACCAACAAGGCCCAGCAUCUGCAUCCAAGUCCAACAUGACGCUAGUCGACAAGGCUGCCUCCCUUGAACAAUCCGUACGCAAGUUUCGCGUGGUAGAGGCCUUGCGCAACGGCGACUCGGCAUCGAUCUCCAAAGCAAUCAGGGAGUCGGCAGAUGGUGGUCGUCGCGCCAGCACCGCGUCGUUGACGGGUGGGACGGGGUUGAUACUAGACGACACGACGGUUCUGCACCUCGCCAUUCAGUGCGCGGAACUCACUGUCGUCGAAUACGUUCUCUCUGACGGCGCCGGCUACAUUGACAUCAACUCGCGCGACAAGGACGGAAACACCCCACUUCACAUCGCAGCCCAGCAGGGCCGCUCGCAGAUUGUGCGAAUGCUACUCGAACGAGAGGGCAUCAACGAUUCCAUUGCGAACUUCCAGGGUCGCCUCCCGAUCGACCUCGCCCGCAAUCCUGAUAUCUUCCAGCAGCUGCAACUGUCACGGUCCAUCUUUGCGGAUGAAAAAGUAAAAGAGGUGCAGGAGCUCAUCGCGGCCAACGACUACAAGAAGUUGGAGGAGCUCCUCGAGGAGCCCCGGGUCAAGACUGUCCUCGACAUUAACGGAACCGAGUUUGUCUCCGAUCCGAUCACCUCGCAAUCGGGCGGGACGCUGCUCCAUGAGGCUGCCAGGCGCAAGAACAACAAGCUUAUACAGGUGCUGCUCCUGCAUGGUGCCGACCCCUUCCGCAGAGACCGCAAGGGCAAGUUGCCUCAGGAUGUGACCAAGGACGACGUCACCAGGGCCAUGCUCAAGAAGUCGCCCGCUGCAGUUGCAGCCCAGCGGGGCAUCCAAGAGAAGACGGUUCUCGGCCAAGCCGCAUCCCAAGGGGUGGCCUCGGCAUCCCCCGGGGAUCCGUUAGCUGGUCGCGAGGCCCGAGAGAUGAAGGGAUACCUAAAGAAGUGGACAAAUUACCGCAAGGGCUAUCAGUUGCGCUGGUUCGUGCUCGAGGACGGGGUGCUAAGCUAUUACAAGCACCAGGACGAUACCGGCUCCGCAUGUCGCGGCGCCAUAAACAUGCGCAUCGCGAGAUUGCACAUGAGCCCGGACGAGAAGACCAAGUUCGAGAUUAUUGGAAAGUCGUCAGUCAAAUACACCCUAAAGGCGAACCACGAGGUUGAGGCCAAGCGCUGGUUCUGGGCCUUGAACAACUCGAUUCAAUUUUCCAAAGACCAACAGAAGGAAGAAGACCGCCAACGUGCUCGCGACGCUGAGCUACUGGCUCAGGCCAAGGCAGGGCAUAACCACAGUGGCUCGAUCUCCGGGGAUGUUUCUGAGGCUGCUAGUGUGGCCGAAUCGAAAUCAAGGACAAGCCUGCAGAUAAACAGGAUGCACUCAACCGCUUCGCACCGGCCCAGCGAUAUGGGUGCUAGCACAGCUGGUAGCGAGGCCGGAGAUGCGCCUGUGAACGACGGGAGGUUUGAGAACGAAGGCGGGAAAGGUACCGGUACAGCGCCGACCAUGUAUGACGACCUUGACGAUGAUGACGACGAAGAUAACAACUCGAGCAGGGGUGGUGGACAGCCUCCGGUGACCAAGGAUGCGUUCAACAUCACGGCGCAAUCAGCCCGACUGCAGCUGGAGACUCUUGCUUCGGUGAACGCGGCCAUGAUUGCUGAGUCGGGCAAACAGUCAAGUCUUUCCCUCUCAGACCCACAGGUGACGCAGGCGUUGCAGACGUACGAUGCGGCUGUCCGUUCGCUGACGGGGCUUGUCGGUGAUCUGCUACGCAUCUCGCGGGACAGGGACGCAUACUGGCAGCACAGAUUGGACCGCGAGUCAGACAUGAGGCGAAUGUGGGAGGAGAGCAUGGCACAGGUUGCCCAGGAGCAGGAGGAGCUCAAGGUGAGGGUAGGAGAGGCGGAGGAGAAGAAGAAGGCUGCAAAGAGGAUUCUUAAGGAGGUCAUCGCUUCCGGUGGGCUCGAGGAUCAGACCGCCGCAGGGUUAGGCAUCGACUCGUCGCCGGCGCUAAUUCAGUCCGAGGCUGUCGAGGCAGAGGCUCAAGAUACACCCAAGCCAGCAGCCGAUGCAGGUUUCACUCGGGCCAAGUCACCCGUUCUUAGUAUUCAGCGACGGCAGACGGCGCUUGCGCAGGUGGCCGACAUGUCAGACUCGGAAACCGAGGACGAGGAUGAGUUCUUUGAUGCCAUCGAUGCCGGUGAAGUUGAGGUUGACCCCGCUAUGCCGCAGUCUGAGACUUCGCCUGCUGGGGACAACCAAAUAGUUGUCUCUUCCGGGGUUGAUAUCAGCAGCUCAUUCAAAGGUUAUGAGAACGGAAUAAGGACGAGGCUCAAGAUCGAUGCUGACAACAGGCCAAAGAUCUCACUCUGGGGAAUCCUCAAAUCAAUGAUUGGCAAGGAUAUGACGAAGAUGACUCUGCCCGUUACUUUCAACGAACCUACAUCACUAUUAUAUCGCUGCGGUGAAGAUAUGGAGUAUGCCGACUUGCUAGACCUUGCCGCUGAGCGGUCUGACUCUAUCGAGCGGUUGGUGUAUGUGGCAGCUUUUGCGGCUUCCGAGUACGCUUCGACAAUAGACCGAGUGGCCAAACCGUUCAACCCGCUUCUGGGCGAGACGUUCGAGUACGUCCGGCCAGACAAGAACUACCGCUUCUUCAUCGAGCAGGUCAGCCACCACCCGCCGGUGGGUGCUGCAUGGGCCGAGAGCCCAAACUGGACGUACUGGGGCGAAUCCGCGGUCAAGUCCAAGUUCUACGGCCGGUCCUUUGAUAUCAACCCGCUGGGAUCUUGGUUCCUGAAGUUGCGGCCCAAGUCUGGCGGCAAAGAAGAUCUGUACACGUGGAAGAAGGUUACCACCAGUGUGGUUGGCAUCAUUACCGGCAAUCCCGUAGUAGACAACUACGGGCCUAUGGAGAUCAAGAACUGGACUACAGGCGAGAUUUGCUACCUUGACUUCAAGGCACGAGGUUGGAAGGCGUCGUCGGCGUACCUAAUCAGCGGCAAGAUUGUGGACGCUGACGGACGGGUGCGGGUAAGCUUGGGUGGACGAUGGAACUCGCGCUUGUACGCGCGUCUGACGCCGGGUUACGAGGCUACGGUUGAGGAACCGAAGAACGCCGACACGGCCGGGGUGCAUCGUGGUAGCAUGACGGACACGAACAAGGCCUUUGUCGUUUGGCAGGCAAACCCGCGACCCAAGGAUAUACCGUUCAAUCUGACGCCAUUUGUCAUGACUUUCAACCACAUCGACGACAAACUGGAGCCUUGGCUGGCGCCCACUGAUUCGCGACUCCGUCCGGACCAGCGGGCGAUGGAGGAGGGGCGGUACGACGACGCCGGGGAGGAAAAGAACAGGCUCGAGGAGGCGCAACGGGCGCGUAGGCGCCAGCGUGAGGAAAAAGGGGAGGAAUUUGUGCCCAAGUGGUUCGAGAAGGCGCGGUGCGAGAUCACUGGCGAAGAGUACUGGCGUUUCAACGGCGGGUACUGGGAGGCCAGGGAGCGGGUGGCCACUGAGGGGAAGAAGGCGUGGGAAGGCUGCGAGCCGAUUUACGAGGAUUUUGCGUAA